AUGCCUGGGCAUGGCCACCCCGACCCGGCAUCAGCGGCAUCAGUGACCAGGUGGAAGAAGCCUCGGAGCGAUGGCUCGCCCAGCAGCACACUCUUACCAUCUCCUGUUGCGUCCCUGAUAAGCCUGGUGACGCAGUCGACCUCUCUCUCCCUGCGGUUGUGGACGUAUCUUGGUAGUUUUGCAAUAAAUAGUGCAAGGGCAACAACUCUUACCGGACUAGAGCUGAGUAGAGCCGUCGUAGAGGGUAUCCUCAUACGUGCUGGUCGGGAUGUGGUCUCUCGUAGCAGUGACGAACACGGAAGGACAGAGGCAGAGUCACUGUUGGAGCGAAGCUUGGCAACCUUGCACAAGACCAUUACUUCAGCUUCGUUCUUUGCGUCUGCCAGCUUCCAUCUCUCUUCAGUCACUCUCUCCUCCGUAACAUCAUUUUCUCAGACUCUACUUUCGACUCUCGACGCUAUUCUUGGAUCUACUGAGUCCUCUAGAGCAAUCGCCUCGAUCAUCACUCUAAUUCGUCGCGAAUUGAGAAAUCCAGAGCUGAUUCCGCCAGGGGAGACCGUUGGUGUUGGGGAUCUGCUUGUAGGAUCCGUAGGGUUUGUGCUUCUGCAGCGAUGGGGCAGGAGACAGACAGACAAGGAAACCAGACAACACGGGAACGAAGAAACUAUAUGGGAUGUUGUUAUUCUUGACAAUGGAUUGAGAGCAGACGUCGUUGGGACUCAUCGGACAACAUUCGGGGAAGAUAUUGAUGGAGCUGAUUCUUCGCCUCUACGGCCUUCCUCUUUCCUUAUACCCGAUGCUGAGGGUGGAGAUGAGAGCCUCGACACUAUUGAACGGGGGAAUUCGUCGUUCAAUCACAUCGGACAUUUUGUCCCUCAUGUAUCUCUCCCUGCAGAUCGCCAACAUGAGCUUCCUGAUGAUGAGAUUCGCCGUUAUAUUGCGGAGCAGCUACCACGGGGCUGUCAUGCAACCAUAAGGACGGAUACGGUAACUGCAAGAACAAUUACAGUAGACGUCUUUGACUCAGGCUGUGUCAAUAUCUCUCCUCCACCUGGAACUACGAAGGUUGAGGAAAGAAUAGAGCCAGAAUACAACCAUACGAUUACCGGUUCGGAUUUAAUCGGCGAGCCUCUUCCCAAACACACGAUUGUUUUUAGAACUGUAUCAAGUUCCGUUCAGGACGCAGAGUUGCGCACGCCUUCACAAGUGACUACACCAGAUGCGCAAUACGGUUGGCCACAGGCAGAUAUUAGAGAAAACACGAUCAAUAGUGAUGCAAAGUUCACUUCGUCAGCCAGUAUCGAGACUAGUCCCCCUAUGAAACCCAGACCCUUUACCCGCCGACGGAGACGUUCUACAUCGGAUACUAGUGGUUCAGAAACUCCUAGAAGCAUUGGAACCAGGUCUUUUGCACGUAUAACUAACAAGGUGAAGACCAACGCAGAAGAGAAACUCGGGAACAAAUCCUCAAAAAGGUUAUUAAAAGGGACUUCAAGUGCAGCACAAGGCAAUUGCCCUGUUGUUGGCUCGUUCAACGAAAAUAAACCCCGGCCGAACAACACAGCCAGUGGCGCAAGCAAAGAAAAAGAGAAGAGUAAUAUAUCAGCCACGAGAGGUACAAAAGUACUGUCAGAUACUACAAAUAGGAUUCGACCCUUGUCUCCUAAGAAAGAGAAGUCCGCUUCCAGGAAAAUAGAACGUGAAGCCUGCUCCAGCGAGACUAACCCAGGCAGCUCACUAACAUGCGGCCGCUACUUACUCCGUGAAAAAAGCUCAGAGUCGUUCAUUGCCCAAACAGAUGCUUACUCCAUACGCUCUCCAGAGGCCCAGCCUGGUUCACCAUCCCUCUCUAGAGAGCAUAUUCGCAGCAAUUCUUCCUUGUCUAGAGCUAGGUCCGAGAAAGAUAUGCCUCUCUUCUUCAACUUCACUAGCCGCCCUGGUACCCCCAUGAUGUCCCGGCGCAACUCGUCCAAAUCUGCCGUUCCUAGCAUAUACUCUAUCGCCACAGGAUCUGAAACCUCACUCUUGUUAGCUCCCCGAACUGGCAAAAGUGCAUAUGAUGACAUUUCUGCUCUCUCUUCCCUUUCACGCACCGGUUAUGUUCCGGGGCUUUAUCCGUCAAACAACCUAGUGCGGAACAUACGCCGUUUUUCUCGCUUUUCAUCUGCAUCCUAUGGAUCAAAUUUCUUAAGGAUAAUGGGCAUUUCUAAUUCUUCUCAACCUCGCUAUCAAGAUCCAAUGGACCACCAUGAACAUAAUUCAUUUUCGGAUCACACAGGACUACCGACUUCAACUAUUUUACUGUCAUCAUUUGUUGAUACAGCUGGUGGCACUAACGCUGCGGGUGUCACAUCCGAAGGGUUUCCUUUAGUUCAUUAUUUAUCCUUGGACCAUGACUCCAAAGCCGCUGUUUUGACGCUGAGAGGCACCUGGGGGUUUGAGGAUAUUCUUACAGAUAUGACCUGCGACUAUGAUGAUAUUUAUUGGCUGGGCAGAAUAUACAAAGUUCACAAAGGUAUGUUGGCAUCCGCGAGACGUCUCCUAGAAGGUGGUGGAGGCAAAGUCAUGGCCACAAUUAGAUCAGCCUUAGAAGAAUUCCCGGAUUAUGGUGUUAUUUUCUGCGGCCACUCCCUUGGAGGUGGAGUAGCUGCCCUCCUUGCAACACUUAUAUCACACCCCCAGCAUCCUGACUUACCCGGCCCAUCAUUCGUCACAUCAUCAAACCAAGCUCAUACGGGUCUACUACCUGCUACUUCCAACAAAGAUACACAGGAUAUCCAUCCACAAAUGGGCCAAUUCUCACUUCCCCCCGGUCGACCAGUCCAUGUGUAUGCAUAUGGCCCACCAGCUGUGAUGAGUCCACCCCUCCGUCUUGCCACCCGGGGAUUAAUCACCACAAUCGUUAAUGGGCACGAUGUUGUUCCUACACUUUCACUGGGAGUUUUGCAUGAUUUCCACAGUGUUGCCCUUUCUUUCAAGCGCGAUGUUGCCGACGCUAAAUCCCAGGUCAAAGCCAGGGUAUGGGAUGCAAUCACGCGCAGCAUUGCCAACAAACUAUACCUAGAUAAUCCUACUUCAAUCCAUGCUAGCGAUGAUCUAGGCGAAGAUUCAUGGGCAUGGAACACCCUCAAAUCCCUACGGGAAGGCCUCACAGCAACGAAACUAUUACCACCCGGAGAGGUGUUCGUUGUCGAAACGAUGCGUGUUCUCCAACGUGAUGCCUUCUCAAGAGAUAUGGUUACUGGAGAUGGAUAUCCUCGUCUCGGCCGGCCCGCCACCCGGGUCCAAUUAAAAUACAUCCGAAACGUGGAGAAAAGAUUCAAUGAGGUCAGAUUCGGGUCUGGCAUGUUAUUGGACCACAGCCCAGCAAGGUACGAAUCUAGCUUGUCUAUCCUAGCACGAGGGGUCUUAGAAGAUGAGUGA